UCCCAGUGGCUGGCCCCACCCUGGCUUCUCUCUCUGUCUCUGUCUCUGUGGUCCUUCUCGUCGGUUGCUGCUCCUGCUUCUCCUUCUUCUUCUCCAGGUGAGGACAAAAGGGCGUGGCCUCAGGUCUCUCAAGCCACGCCCACUUGGGUUCUUGCCUCCCUGCAAGUCUUAGGAAACCGAAGCCAUGACGGAUUCCAAGUAUUUCACCACCAAUAAAAAAGGCGAGAUCUUUGAGCUGAAAGCGGAGCUCAACAACGAGAAGAAGGAGAAGCGCAAGGAGGCCGUCAAGAAGGUCAUCGCGGCCAUGACCGUGGGCAAGGACGUCAGCUCGCUCUUUCCGGACGUGGUCAACUGCAUGCAGACGGACAACCUGGAGCUGAAGAAGCUGGUCUACCUGUACCUGAUGAACUACGCCAAGAGCCAGCCGGACAUGGCCAUCAUGGCCGUCAACAGCUUCGUCAAGGACUGCGAGGACCCCAACCCGCUGAUCCGGGCGCUGGCGGUGCGCACCAUGGGCUGCAUCCGUGUGGACAAGAUCACGGAGUACCUGUGCGAGCCUCUGCGCAAGUGCCUGAAGGACGAGGACCCCUACGUGCGCAAGACGGCCGCCGUCUGCGUGGCCAAGCUUCACGACAUCAACGCCCAGAUGGUGGAGGACCAGGGCUUCCUCGACUCCCUCCGGGACCUCAUCGCCGACUCCAACCCCAUGGUGGUGGCCAACGCGGUGGCGGCCCUGUCGGAGAUCAGUGAGUCCCACCCCAACAGCAACCUGCUGGACCUGAACCCGCAGAACAUCAACAAGCUGCUGACGGCACUGAACGAGUGCACCGAGUGGGGCCAGAUCUUCAUCCUGGACUGCCUCUCCAACUACAACCCCAAGGACGACCGCGAGGCCCAGAGCAUCUGUGAGCGAGUGACCCCUCGCCUCUCCCACGCCAACUCGGCCGUGGUUCUCUCGGCCGUCAAGGUGCUGAUGAAGUUCCUGGAGCUGCUGCCCAAGGACUCGGACUACUACAGCAUGCUCCUCAAGAAGCUGGCCCCGCCCCUGGUCACCCUCCUCUCCGGAGAGCCCGAGGUCCAGUACGUGGCCCUCCGCAACAUCAACCUCAUCGUCCAGAAAAGGCCCGAAAUCCUGAAGCAGGAGAUCAAGGUCUUCUUCGUGAAGUACAACGAUCCCAUCUACGUCAAGCUGGAGAAGCUGGACAUCAUGAUCCGCUUGGCCUCCCAGGCCAACAUCGCCCAGGUCCUGGCCGAGCUGAAGGAAUACGCCACCGAGGUGGACGUGGACUUUGUCCGCAAGGCCGUCCGCGCCAUCGGCCGCUGCGCCAUCAAGGUCGAGCAAUCGGCCGAGCGCUGCGUGAGCACCCUGCUGGACCUCAUCCAGACCAAGGUCAACUACGUCGUCCAGGAGGCCAUCGUGGUCAUCCGGGACAUCUUCCGCAAGUAUCCCAACAAGUACGAGAGCAUCAUUGCCACCUUGUGCGAGAACCUGGACUCUCUGGACGAGCCGGACGCCCGGGCCGCCAUGAUCUGGAUCGUGGGCGAAUACGCCGAGCGCAUCGACAACGCGGACGAGCUCCUGGAGAGCUUCCUGGAAGGAUUCCACGACGAGAGCACCCAGGUGCAGCUCACCCUACUGACCGCCAUCGUGAAGCUGUUCCUGAAGAAGCCGUCGGAGACGCAGGAGCUGGUCCAGCAGGUGCUCAGCCUGGCCACGCAGGACUCGGACAACCCGGACCUGCGUGACCGUGGCUACAUCUACUGGCGCCUGCUGUCCACGGACCCGGUGACGGCCAAGGAGGUGGUCCUCUCGGAGAAGCCGCUCAUCUCGGAGGAGACGGACCUGAUCGAGCCCACGCUGCUGGACGAGCUCAUCUGCCACAUCGGCUCCCUGGCCUCCGUCUACCACAAGCCCCCCAAUGCCUUCGUGGAGGGCAGCCACGGCAUCCACCGCAAGCACCUGCCCAUCCAUCACGGGAGCACCGACGCCGGAGACAGCCCCGUGGGGACCACAGCCCCGCCGAACCUGGAGCAGCCGCAGGUGAUCCCCUCCCAGGGCGACCUCCUGGGCGACCUCCUGAACCUCGACCUCGGCCCGCCCGUCAACGUGCCCCAAGUCUCCUCCAUGCAGAUGGGGGCCGUGGACCUCCUGGGCGGAGGGCUGGACAGCCUGCUUGGCAGCGACCUUGGCGGGGGAAUUGGUGGCAGCCCUGCAGUGGGCCAGACCUUCAUCCCGUCCUCUGUGCCGGCCACCUUUGCCCCCUCGCCCACCCCGGCCGUGGUCAGCAGCGGCCUCAACGACCUCUUUGAGCUCUCCUCCGGCAUCGGCAUGGCCCCCGGGGGCUUCGUGGCCCCCAAAUCGGUCUGGCUUCCGGCCGUGAAGGCCAAGGGGCUGGAGAUCUCGGGGACCUUUGGCCACCGCCAGGGCCACAUCUACAUGGACAUGAGCUUCACCAACAAGGCCCUGCAGCACAUGAGCGACUUCGCCAUCCAGUUCAACAAGAACAGCUUUGGCGUCAUCCCCAGCACCCCUCUGGCCAUCCACACCCCCUUGAUGCCCAACCAGAGCAUCGACGUCUCCCUCCCGCUCAACACUUUGGGUCCCGUCAUGAAGAUGGAGCCCCUCAACAACCUCCAGGUGGCUGUGAAGAACAACAUCGACGUCUUCUACUUCAGCUGCCUCAUUCCGCUCAACGUGCUUUUCGUGGAAGACGGGAAAAUGGAGCGCCAGGUCUUCCUUGCGACGUGGAAGGACAUCCCCAACGAAAACGAGCUCCAGUUCCAAAUCAAGGAGUGCCACCUCAAUGCGGAUACGGUGUCCAGCAAGCUGCAGAACAACAACGUCUACACCAUCGCCAAGCGCAACGUGGAGGGCCAGGACAUGCUCUACCAGUCGCUGAAGCUGACCAACGGCAUCUGGAUCCUGGCCGAGCUGCGCAUCCAGCCCGGGAACCCCAACUACACGCUCUCCCUCAAAUGCCGCGCUCCGGAGGUCUCCCACUACGUCUACCAGGUCUACGACGCCAUUUUGAAGAACUAGGCCUUCGUUGUCGUCGGAGCGGCCAUUUUGUUCCGGGCUCGAUCUCGACCAAACGAAACGAUGUUUCUUGUCUUUUCUCUCUCUCUCUCUUUCAGGCGGGGAUAGCGAAGUAGUUGUGUGUCCGUAUUAAUUAACACAGUUGUGUCUUUUUUUGGGGGGGGGGGCGCCUCCCCGCUCGACCCUCGGCCAUUUUGCCACCGCUUCCGUGCUGCCAUUGCCGCUCCAUUUCGUGCCAACGCCUUCGCACACCCAUUGUGUCGCCGGAGGACGCCAAUACACCACGACCCUUUUAUAUAUAUAUAUACAAAGAAGAUACUACUUGUUCCUUUUUUAAAUAAAUAACGGGGGGGGGGGGGGACAGGGCAUAGAAACCCAUGGGAGUUGUAGUACAUCUAGAGUAGGAAUUGAUUGAUUGAUUGAUUGAUUGAUCAAUCGGUUGAUUGAUUGACCCCUGGACGCUUCAGAGUGAGGGAUUGUUUAGUUUCCUUGGAACUGAUUGAUUUAUUCAUUGACAGAUCGAUCGAUCGAUCAAUCAAUUCCUGGUAGCUCCAGAGUAAGGGAUUCUUUAGUUGCCUUGGAAUUGAUUGAUUGAUUGAUCGGUUGAUUGAUUGAUCCCUGGCUGCUUCAGAGUAAGGGAUUGUUUAAUUUCUUUGGAAUUGAUUGAUUUAUUUGACGGAUCAAUUCCUGGUAACUCCAGAGUAAGGGAUUCUUUAGUUGCCUUGGAAUUGAUUGAUUGAUCGGUUGAUUGAUUGAUCCCUGGCUGCUUCAGAGUAAGGGAUUGUUUAAUUUCUUUGGAAUUGAUUGAUUUAUUUGACGGAUCAAUUCCUGGUAACUCCAGAGUAAGGGAUUCUUUAGUUGCCUUGGAAUUGAUUGAUUGAUUGAUCGAUCGGUUGAUUGAUUGAUCCCUGGCUGGUUCAGAGUAAGGGAUUGUUUAAUUUCUUCGGAAUUGAUUGAUUUAUUUGACGGAUCAAUUCCUGGUAACUCCAGAGUAAGGGAUUCUUUAGUUGCCUUGGAAUUGAUUGAUUGAUCGAUCGGUUGAUUGAUUGAUCCCUGGCUGCUUCAGAGUAAGGGAUUGUUUAGUUUCUUUGGAAUUGAUUGAUUUAUUUGACGGAUCAAUUCUUGGUAACUCCAGAGUAAGGGAUUCUUUAGUUGCCUUGGAAUUGAUUGAUUGAUCGAUCGGUUGAUUGAUUGAUUGAUCCCUGGCUGCUUCAGAGUAAGGGAUUGUUUAGUUUCCUUGGAACUGAUUGAUUUAUUCGACGGAUCAAUUCCUGGUAACUCCAGAGUAAGGGAUUUUUUAGUUGCCUUGGAAUUGAUUGAUUGAUCGGUUGAUUGAUUGAUCCCUGGCUGCUUCAGAGUGAGGGAUUGUUUAGUUUCCUUGGAACUGAUUGAUUUAUUCAUCAACCGAUCGAUCAAUCAAUUCCUGGUAGCUCCAGAGUAGGGGAUUCUUUAGUUGCCUUGGAAUUGAUUGAUCGAUCGAUCGAUCGAUCGAUUGAUUGACCCCUGGCAGCUGUAGAGUAAGGCUUAGUUGUCUAGGAACUAGUUGAUUUAUUGAUCGACCGAUCAGUUGAUUGAUUGAUCCCAGGCAGCUCCAGAGUAGGGAUUGUUUAAUUACCUUGGAAUUUAAUAUUUAAUUGAUUUAUUGAUUGAUCCCUGUCAGUUCCAAAAUAAGGGAUCUCUUAGUUGCCUUGGGAUUGAUUGAUUGAUUGAUCCCUGACAGCUCCAGAGUAACGGAUUAUUUAGUUGCCUUGGAAGUGAUUGAUUUAUUGAUUGAUCCAUCGAUUGAUUCCUAGCAGCUCCAAAGUAUAUGGCAUUAUUUAGUUGCCUUGGAAGUGAUUGAUUUAUUGAUCGAUUGAUUGUUUAGUUUGCCUUGGAAUUGAUUGAUUGGUUGAUGAGUUGAUUGAUUGAUCAAUCGAUUGAUUGAUUAAUCCCUGGCAGCUCCAGAAUAGGGAAUUAAUUCCAAGUUACCUUGGAAUUAAUUGAUGUAUUAAUUAAUUGCGCAAUCGAUUGAUUGAUUCCUGACAGCUCCAGAAUUAAGAGAUUAUUUAGUUGCCUUGGAAGUGAUUGAUUGAUUUAUUGAUCCAUCGAUUGAUUCCUAGCAGCUCCAAAGUAUAUGGCAUUAUUUAGUUGCCUUGGAAGUGAUUGAUUUAUUGAUCGAUUGAUUGAUUAGUUUGCCUUGGAAUUGAUUGAUUGGUUAGGGUUAGGGUUAGGUUGAUUUGAUUGAUUGAUCAAUUGAUCGAUCAAUUGAUUGAUUCCUAGAAGCUCCAGAAUAAGAGAGUAUUUCGUUGCCUUGGAAGCGAUUGAUUUAUUGAUCGAUCGAUCCAUUGAUUGAUUCCUAGCAGCUCCAAAAUAAGAGAUUAUUUAGUUGUCUUGGAAGCGAUUGAUUGAUUGAUGAGUCAGUCAAUUGAUUGAUCAGUCAUUUGAUUGAUUAAUCCUUGGCAGCUCCAGAGUAAGGGAUUGUUUAGUUGCCUUGGAAUUGAUUCAUUGAUUGAUGAGUCAGUCAAUUGAUUGAUCAAUCGAUUGAUUGAUUAAUCCUUGGCAGCUCCAGAGUAAGGGAUUGUUUAGUUGCCUUGGAAGCAAUUGAUUUAUUGAUCGAUCGAUCAUUUGAUUGAUUCCUAGCAGCUCCAGAUUAAGGUAUUGUUUAGUUGCCUUGGAAUUGAUUCAUUGAUUGAUGAGUCAGUCGAUUGAUCAAUCGAUUGAUUGAUUAAUCCUUGGCAGCUCCAGAGUAGGGAUUGUUUCGUUACCUUGGAGUUGAUUGAUUAAUUGAUUAAUUAAUUGAUCAAUUGAUUGAUCAUUCCAUCCCAGGUGUACUACAACUCCCAGUGUGUCCAGCCAGAGAGAGAGAGAUGAUGGGAGUCGGAGUCCAAGGCGGUACGCAAAGCAAAAACUUCUCUCUCUCUCUGCCUUUUCUAUUCUGUACGGUGAGCGAAAUGGGUGGGUGGCCUUCUGUCUUUAAAGGGAAGGGGUUUCUCUAUCUCUCUGUCACUUUCUUCCUUCCGCCAUUCCAUCCCUCGGCGUCCGGGAGGGGCCACGCUUUGCCUUUCGUGUCGUCAAAUAAAUGUCAUUUCCACGGA